AAUUUUAAUUUACAAUUUGCUUUUUAUCAGAGCAUUGAUUGUUGUGAGAGUGUGGCUGUCUAACACUGAUUCCACGAGCACGUGCAAGUGGACGGAUCCUGGAUCGAGUUCCCGUCUUCGAGAAUGACCAACUUUCUGCUGCCCGAAGCGGUCUUUGUUAUUUGAAGCACUAAAAUAGUGAAGGAGCUGUGCAGGCAAAAUGCCUUUGCCCAUACCCAGUGAUGUGAAGAAGGAGGUGAGAGCAGUGCUGUUGUCUAAAGUUAAAGGAGUUCCACUGUGCCAUUUUACAACUGAUUACAAGACCUUUGUUGGCCAUGCACUCAAUUGGAAGGCUUUGGAAUUCAAUAGAUUAACAGACUUUCUUCAAGCUAUGCCAGAUGUAGUGAGUCUUAUUGAAGAAGAUGGUAGGACAGUGGUGUAUGGUAAGAGUGAUGGUUCCUUCAUGACACACACUGCUGUCAAAGCCCUCAAAAGAGCAGAAAAAAUAUCAACGGAAAACAAUAAUAAAGAUGGGUCUCAUGAGCCUGUUGAUGCUGACGAGUUUCCAGAGCUGCACCCAAACCACCAAGGCCUCUUCUGUGUGACGUUUGAGAAGCAUCACACCAGUAUGCCAAACAAAGAAGUGGAGAGUAAAUUCAAAAGCAUAGGGGAAGUGAAAGACAUAAAUUUUGGUCAUUCAAGGCUCAUAUUUGUGAGGUAUGCAAGAAGAGCAGAUGCAGUCAAAGCACUUAAGACUCUGGCAUCAACUUUUAUUGGGUUGCGCCCUGCUAAGGAAAAACUCUCAGUGCAGGGUUCUAAGGGAAUUAGCAGGGACAAGACAGGACAGGGCAGUAAAUCUGAGAUGGCUGGAGAUACUGCUAGAAUGCCAACUAAUCUGUUUCAAAAUUAUAAAUCCGAGCCUAAGGGAAAAAGUCAAAAUGAUAUAGGAGUGAGUAAUUCUGCUGGAAGCUCAGGAAAAUACGAACCCAAGAACAGAGCACCAAAGAUGACACCUGGUAUAUUAGGUGCUGCCCCAUUGCCACUUGGUGUUCAAUACCCAAUAACCAAUAUAUCUCCUCCACGUCAGCCUGUAAUUGAGCCAGCCUUCAUUCAGUAUGGUGCAACAAGUCAGCCAAGUGUCUCAUAUGCUGUAGGAGAGGGUCUACCUCUGGGCCUAAGAAUUCCACAACAGAUCUCUCCAAGAAUACUAGCUUCACCUAUUUUAGACCUUCAGCUCCAGGAACAGAUGCAGGGUGCCCUCCUCCAAGGUGUACCUGGAGUUGGGUAUACUGCUCCAGAGCUAAGAACAGGUUGUGAAACAAUUCUAAGCAACAUAUCAUACAAAGCUUCAAAGGAAAACAUAGAAGCCCUGUUUACUGGACAUAGACUAAGGGAGUUCAAACUCGUUGAACAAGAACCACAUGGUGGUCCAAAGAAAAGAUUUGCAUUUGCCACAUUUUUUACUGAGCCUGAAGCUCAGAGGGCAAUCAAGGACAUAAAUGACCGUACGUUCAUAGAUAGGCAAGUCAAGUUGAGGUAUAAAAAGCCAGAUGAUCUCCCUUUGAGUAUUCCUGGUCAGAAGGGGGAGGCUCAGAUAGUGGUUGCCAAUCUCCCUGAAUCUUGCACUGAGGGUGAUAUCAUUUUAAUGACAUUUCAUAAAGGUGCAAGUAAUAUUUAUAUGGUGUCAGAAUUAAAACCAAUUAAAAGAUAUUAUGCCAUUGUCACUGUUCCCAAUGCUCAAGCAGCUGCAAGUGCAAUACACAGCCUCAAUGGCACAGAAUUCAAGGGAAAGAUUUUGCACUUGGAUUUUGCAAAUAAGUUCCUAAAGGAGACAGAAAUAACAAAAAAUGCAAAGAUACAGCCCCUUUUCAAUCCUCAAGAACUUCAGAAUCUAAGAAUGCAAAGAAGCUUUUUGGAAAAUGGUGACAUUCUGCAAAAUGAGCAAAGAGACCUAGUACAGUUUCUGCACAAUUCUCAUGGACAGCUAAGAAGGCAACAACAGCAGCCUGAUGUUCAAAAGAGCCACUCAAACCAGGACAAGAAACAUCAACCAAGAAAAGGAAAGUUUGAUGGAAAGGGACAGUCAAAGUCCUUGGAGAAAGGGCAGUCCAAGUCUCAGGAGAAAGAGCAGUCUGAGCCACAAGAGAAAGGGCAAUCAAACCCACAGAUAAAAGGGCAGUUUAAGCCACAAGAGAAAGGUCAAUCUAAGCCACAGGAUAAAGACAAUCAGAGUAAGAAUUGCAAACAACAAGAACAACAGCAGAAAAAUGUCAAGAGUCCUCCAAGAUCUGGUAAAAAGGAUGGAAGGAAAGCACCACAGCAAGAGCACAUGAAAGGUGACCAGCAUUCAGGGAGGCCUUCACAGCAAGAAGAUGAAGAAUGGGAUUCAGCAGUUGAUAACGGCAGAUCGACACCAGCAUUAUCUCCCAUGGAGUUAGUUCCAGCUCAUGAGGCUUAUGGAUCCCCUGUUCCUGCUGCCAUGCCAGUCAGUCUGAAAGAGGAGAGAGAGAUCUUUAAACAUGUCGCUGCCUAUCUUGGGAACACAGAUCAGUUACCUGAGACUAUAGAAAUAUUUAUCACACACACAGUAGACAAAAAAUACUUCUAUGGGUUUAUCACUAAUAUACAAUUAAAAUGUGCUGAACAGCUGCAUGAAAUGAACAGAGCUAUUAAAGGUAUUCAAAACAAAGUACCUGUUACUAGCAGUUGUAAGGAGGUUGGUGUGUGCAUUGAUGAGGAGUGGUACAGGGCAUGGGUAGUUCGUAAUGAUGGCCCUAACCUGAUUGUAUUCUGCUGUGACUAUGGAUUCUCCCACUCUGUCCUUGUAAACCAAACCUGCCAGGUACCUGAUGAAUUGUGGGAGGAACCAGCUGCUUUGGCAAGGGCAUUUACAUGGGGCAGUGGCAUAGCCCCAGUGAGUGGAAGUAAAGUGGAGGCAGAGGUGCUAAGGAUUGAAGAGGGCGUGCCAGUGGUGUCCUUAUGGGAAUAAAUGUUAACAGUUUGCUUUCAUGGUGUGUGCUAGCCAGAUGUAUAAGAUACAGAUUUGCAGCGAGUAGGAGCUUUAACGGCUUCUUUUAGGUUUUUAUCUUUGGAAUGAAAUUUGCUGAAAAAUAGGUGGGAAUUUAAAAACGUGACACUUAAGUUACAAACAUAGUUAAUGAACCUAGUUAAUAAUACAUUUAGGUAGACUUUCCUUUAACUAGAAUAAAUAGUGUCACAGACAACGCUUUUUACCGUCAAAUUUUCAGCUUUACUCAAGAGCCUUCCUCAGGACAAACUGGUCAUGCCCUGA